AUGUUUCAGGACUCGGUGGCUUUCGAGGAUGUGGCUGUGAACUUCACCCAGGAGGAAUGGUCUUUGCUGGAUCCUUCCCAGAAGAAUCUCUACAGAGAAGUGAUGCAGGAAACCUUGAGGAACCUGGCCUCUCUAGGAGCAAAAUGGAAAGACGAGAACAUUGAAGAUCAGUACAAAAAUCCCAGGAAUAAUCUAAGAAGUCUUCUGGGAGAGAGAGUCAAUGAAAAUACAGAAGAAAAUCAUUGUGGAGAAAUUUUUAGCCAGAUUCCAGAUGACACACUGAACAAAAAAACUUCUCCUGGAGUAAAAUCAUGCGAGAGCAGUGUGUGUGGAGAAGUCUUCCUGGGUCAUUCUUCCCUUAAUAGGCACAUUAGAGCUGACGCUGCUCACAAGCCAUCUGAGUAUCGGGAAUAUGGACAGAAGCCAUAUAAGUGUCAACAACGUAAGAAAGCCUUCAGAUGUCAUCCCUCCUUUCAAAUGGAAGAAAAGGCUCACACUGGAGAAAAACUAUAUGAUUGUAAAGAAUGUGGAAAAACCUUCAUAUCCCGUUCAAGCAUUCGAAGACACAUGAUAAUGCACAAUGGAGAUGGACCUUAUAAAUGUAAGUUUUGUGGGAAAGCCUGCCCUUGUCUCAGCAUAUAUCUUAUACAUGAACGAGUUCACACUGGAGAGAAACCAUAUGAAUGUAAACAAUGUGGUAAAGCCUUUAGUUAUUCAACUUCCCUUCAAAUACAUGAAAGAACUCACACUGGAGAGAAGCCUUAUGAAUGUAAGGAAUGUGGGAAAGCAUUCGGUAGUCCCAAUUCCUUUUAUGAACAUAAAAGAACUCACACUGGAGAGAAGCCAUAUGAAUGCAAACAAUGUGGAAAAGCCUUCAGAUGGUUCCAUUCCUUUCAAAUACAUGAAAGAACUCACAGUGAGGAAAAGCCUUAUGAAUGUACCAAAUGUGGGAAAGCAUUCAAGUGUCCCAGUUAUCUUUGUAGACAUGAAGUGACCCACUCUGCAAAAAAGGCCUAUGAAUGUAAACAGUGUGGGAAAGCAUUAUCUUAUCUUAACUUUCAAAGACACAUGAAAAUGCACACUAGAAUGAGACCUUAUAAAUGUAAGACAUGUGGAAAAGCCUUUGAUUCUCCCAGUUCAUUUCUAAGACAUGAAAGAACUCACACUGGAGAGAAACCUUAUGAAUGCAAGCACUGUGGUAAAUCCUUUAAUCGUUCCAGUUCCUUUCACUAUCACGAAAGGACUCACACUGGAGAGAAACCCUAUGAAUGCAAGCAGUGUGGGAAAGCCUUCAUUUCUUCCACUUCCUUUCGAUAUCAUGAAAGGACUCACACUGGAGAGAAACCCUAUGCUUGUAAGCAAUGUGGGAAAGCCUUCAGAUCUGCCUCACACCUUCAAAUGCAUAAAAAGACUCACACUCAAGAGAAACCCUAUGAAUGUAAGCAGUGUGGUAAAGCCUUCAUUUUUUCCACUUCCUUUCGAUAUCAUGAAAGGACUCACACUGGAGAGAAACCCUAUGAGUGUAAGCAAUGUGGGAAAGCCUUCAGAUCUGCCUCACACCUUCAAAUGCAUGAAAGGACUCACACUGGAAAGCAACUGUAUGAAUCUAAACAAUGUGAAAAAACCUUUGGAUCUGUCAGAAACCUUCAAAUUCGUGAAAAGACACACACUGGAGAGAAACCCUAUAAGGAAUGUGGAAAAGCAUUCGACAAUUUCUCUUCCUUUCAAAUACAUGCAACGAUGUAUAGAGGACAGAAUGCCUAUGAAUGUAAAGAGUGUGACAAAGCAUUCACAUCUGCCAAGAUCCUUCGAGUACAUGCAAGGACACACUGGAGAGAAACCCUAUGAAUGUAAGGAAUGUGGGAAAGCAUUCAAUUAUUUUUCUUCUUUGCAUAUACACAAAAGGGUGCACACUGGAGAGAAGCCAUAUAAAUGUAAGGAUUGUGGGAAAGCAUUCGGUUUGCCUGGUUCCUUUCGUAGACAUAAAAGGGCUCACACUGGAGUGAAACCCUAUGAAUGCAAGCAAUGUGGCAAAGCCUUCACUUCUUCUGGUUCCUUUCAGUGUCAUAAACGGAUUCACACUGGAGAGAAACCCUAUGAGUGUAAGCAAUGUGGGAAAGCCUACAGAUCUGCCUCACAACUUCGAGUACAGAAAGGACUCACACUGAGAAACCCUAUGAAUAUAAGCAAUAUGGGAAAGCCUUCAGAUCUGCUAAGAACCUUCAAAUACAGACAAUGUAAACAAAUGUUUAUAGCAACUGCCUACUCAUAUGUUAUUCUCUAUUUGUUGUUG